CCCUCAGUAAAAAAAAAAAAAUAAAAGUGUCGGCUCGUAGAUCAGCAAGCAGAUUUCUGGAGCUUGGAGAAAGUUUUGGAAAGCGGCGCACAACCACGACGCACUUUCUGUUCCUCCCGACAAACAAAAGCACGUCACACCAGGAUCGCGGAUAAUCACCUGAUAUCACGCCAUCUCAGUGAAGAAAUUCGAGAGGUGAAAACCCGCUGCUUCAGGCUGACGACAGUGGUUAAAGCUGUGGGUUUCUGAUUGGAACUUGGGUGUUCAAAGCAAGACCUUCAACUCAAUUGGACUGAGUCUCCGUGUUUCGGGACGCAGAGCGCACAGAGGAGGGAUGGAUGUCGGAAUGAGGCAGACGCACAGCGCCUCGGCAGGAGUCCACCUACUGCUGGCUCUCACACUGCUCGCCUGUAACUCUCACCUUCUGGUGCAGGCGAACUCGUGGUGGUCUUUGGCCAUGAACCCUAUCCAGAGGCCAGAGAUGUACAUCAUAGGCGCACAGCCUCUUUGCAGCCAGCUCACAGGUCUGUCUCAGGGCCAGAAGAAGCUGUGCCAGCUCUACCAGGACCACAUGGUGUACAUCGGCGAAGGCGCAAAGACGGGCAUCAAGGAGUGCCAGUAUCAGUUCAGACAGAGGAGGUGGAACUGCAGCACGGUGGACAACACAUCUGUAUUCGGCCGUGUCAUGCACAUAGGCAGCAGGGAAGCGGCGUUCACGUACUCCAUCAGUGCAGCCGGUGUGGUGAACGCGGUGAGCCGAGCAUGUAAGGAAGGCGAGCUCUCGACGUGCGGCUGCAGCCGAGCCGCUCGGCCUCAAGACCUGCCGAGAGACUGGCUGUGGGGCGGCUGCGGGGAUAACGUCAACUACGGAUACCGCUUCGCUCGGGAGUUCGUGGACGCCCGAGAGCGAGAGAAGAACUACCCCAAGGGCUCGAUAGAUCAUGCACGCACGCUUAUGAACCUGCAGAACAAUGAGGCUGGCCGAAUGGCGGUAGUCAAUCUGGCCAGCGUGUCGUGUAAGUGCCACGGCGUCUCCGGUUCCUGCAGUCUGAAGACUUGCUGGUUACAGCUGGCUGACUUCCGGCGUGUGGGUGAGUUCCUGAAGGAGAAGUACGACAGCGCUACGUCCAUGCGCAUCAACCGGCGCGGCAAGCUGGAGCAGGUGAACCAGCGCUUCAACGCUCCCACCUCCGAUGACCUGGUGUACAUCGACCCGAGCCCGGACUACUGCCUGCGCAACGAGAGCACGGGCUCGCUGGGAACACACGGCCGUCUCUGCAACAAGACCUCGGAGGGCAUGGACGGCUGUGAGCUGAUGUGCUGCGGCCGCGGAUACGACCAGUUCAAGACCUACAAGCACGAGCGCUGCCACUGCAAGUUCCACUGGUGCUGCUACGUCAAGUGCAAACGUUGCACGUCACUCGUCGACCAGUUCGUCUGCAAGUAACCGAGACACUCGUUAGAGACACGCCGAGCAGUUAGCAGGCGAGAUGUGGGACGGACCUUCUGGAGCACAGAAGGAGUGAAAUGUACUAAAAUGAUCAAUCAAAUCUAAAGAAAUCUUUAAGUAUAGGUAUUAAUUAUGUGGUGGAUGGUGACACUUUUUUCGACACUUUGCUUUCACUCGAGAGGAAAAGACGAGGUAUGAUCAGCGGGAGGUUUUUGCUUUCAGACGUUCUUUCCCUUGAGAAUGAAACGCUCUCCAAAAACAGAUUUAUCACGCUAGUAAUCCAGCAUGCUGCUCCGCCCACUCCUCUCUCACGGACGCUCUCUAAACCUCCCCUGCGACAGAGCUCUUAAAUCCCUCGGGUCAGCCCCCGACCUCGAAUGCUGGACUUUGGAUGAUGCCGUGUGUGUUGACCUGUGAAAUCUACGUUGCUAGAGAAAGCAUUUAUAGUCACCAAAAACGUCUGACCUUACCCUGAUGAUUUAAAAUCACCGCCAGUCUCUUGAAUAUUUGACCUUGAGAAGCUUUUAGCUCGGGUUCACUUUGAACUGUUCUGACGUUCGGAGCUCUCUCUGUCUGUGAGAGGGUCUUCCCUCUUACCAUCAUCUCCUCCCAGAUCAUCCAGUGAUAUCAAGUGCCUCAAAACAGGGAGCCACAUAUUCAGAUUUGAAAAAAAAAAAAAGAGCAAAAAAAAAAAAGGGGCUUUUUUUAAAAAUAAGGACUGCAAAAUAAUAUUUUAGCCGAACAACAGUGGUUCAGAUUAUAUUUUAUUAAUUGCUUGUCAUGUUAUACAUCGUAUGUAUUGUUCUGAUUAUUAUUUUUUGAUACAGAGGCUUCUACUGUCGAGUUUUUAUUUUAGCGGGGCGUCAGAUAGCCAGGCCACGGAGGAAGAUUUUAGUUAAAUGGCCUUUUUGUCAAUCAGUGUGAAUAACAGUCCAUGUAUGCAAAUUACACUUCAUGAUUAUGACAUCCAUGAUUUUAUAUGUUAAUCCAGAUCGUUUGCUGGCUAAUGACCAUAUGCUUGUUGUGUGUAUGUAUUUCCCCAUCAUUCAAACCAGUAAUAUUAAAAAAUAUCAAUAGAGAUGAUUAUCA